CAAAAAGAUUUUGUCGAAUUUUUUUUCUUGCGACGUGGCCAGUCAACAUAAAUUAAUUCGAAUCGAUUGUUUUUUAUCCAAUCAUCGAAAUCACGAUGGCUGCAGAUUGGGAAGAGGUGAAAAAAUUGGCUUCUGAUUUUCAGAGAGCUCAGCAGAUGAGCUCGGCUUUGAAACUUUCAGAAAGAAAUUGUGUCGAUAUUGUGAAAAAGCUAAUCGAAAAAAAAUUGAUCAAUGUAUUGUUUACAAACGAUGGCAAAGAAUAUUUGACUUCCGAUCAUCUUAGAUAUGAAAUCGAAGGUGAACUCUAUGCUGCUGGCGGACGAAUUUCCAUUCCUGAUUUAGUCACCAUUUUGAAUGUCGAUUAUAGCCAUGUAGAAGCUUCGGCCAAUCAAAUAGCUCGAAACAGUGGUGGAGAAAUCAACAUUGUACUUGGGCAAUUAGUUUCACGUGAUUACAAGGACAAUCUAGCAUCGGAGAUUGAUCUGCAUCUUCAAGAAUCUGGAUCAUUGUCGAUUGGAGAUCUAUCAAAGCAGUAUGAUUUACCAGCUGAUUUUCUUGCCAAUCUAAUCCGAGAACGAUUAAAUACAUUAAUUCAAGGUCAACUUGAUAAUGAUGCUCGAAUCAUUUACACAUAUGAUUAUCUAGCUCGAUACGAAUCACAAAUAAUUGGAAUAUUUUCUGCCAUAACAAAAUCGAUUGCAUUGCAAACGAUAAUCAAUCGUUAUAAUAUUUCGGAAAAGAUUCUAACAUCAACUUUAGAUAAAUUAUUGGAAAAGAAACGAAUACUUGGUGUUGUUUCUGGGCCAACAUUCAUACCGGAUAUUUAUUCGAAAAAUCAGCAAGAAUAUGUUAAUAGCUUUUUCAAACAUAAUCAAUAUCUAGACUAUUCAACAUUGAUCAAGCUAGGCAUUUCCAAUCCGCAAACUUACUUGCAGAAAAAAUUCGGUGAUCAACUUUGUUAUCUGAAUACUUGUGCCGUUGAUCAAAUGUUGAGCAUUCAACUUGAAACCAGUUUCGAAGAUGUCAUACAGAACAAAUCAUUUGUGGAUAUAUUCGAAAUGAUUCCAUCAGUUCUGACAACAGUCGAUACCGAUUUGUUGAUUAAAAAGACUUUAGAAAAUAAAAAUUACGCCAAUUCUAUCGAAAUAUUAUGUGAUACUUAUGUGACGAGCAAAUCAUUUUUGGAACAAGCAAAAGAAUAUUUUGAACAAAUCAAAAAAGAUAGAGCUGAAGAAGAUUUGAAAAAUGGUGUGUUGCAAAAUUAUUUUUUCAGAUCGAAAAGUUCUAUUGUAAAAUCUACCGAAGUUGAAGAUAGUAAAAAAUUUACCAAGGAUGAUCAUGGUGGCAGAAAAGGUAAAGGUAAAAGUUCCGGUGGUAGUACUGGUGGUGGUGGCGGUGGUGCAACUCAAAAAAGAGAAGUGAAAACAAAAGCAGUAAAAAAGAAAUAUAAACCUGGCCAAAAAGGACAAAAAUCUGAACAAGAACAAGAUGAUUCCGGUGUGAGUGAAUUAGAAUUUCUUUCAAUGGAACAAGUGAUCAAUGUUCUAACAGAAAAAUUGACUGAUGAUGUAUCAACUGAAUUUAUCGAAUCGAUUGCCGAAUCAAUAAUUGAAGAUUUACGUAAAUCAUACGAAGUAUAUGCGAAAGAAUUGUUCAUCACACGAAAUGCUGAAAUGAAUAAAACGAAGAAAAGCUUCGCUGAAUUGCAAAGCUUUGUUAAUUCCAACUAUUCGAAAAUACUAUUAUUCAAUAGAUCCAUUCAAUUUAUUGGUGAAUCCAGCCAAUGCUUUAAGGAUUUACAAUCCAGACUAGCUAAACAUUUGUUACGAACAUUGGCAACAGAUAUUGUUAACGAAUUGGUUUCAUUUUUCAAUGAUGAAAUAUUAUCGGAAAAUAUUUCACUUGAAGCUCGUACGAAAAUAAUCAACAAACUUGAUUUUGAAUUCAAAAAUGAAUUCAUCAAACUUAAUGAAUCUUUGAAUUCAAACGAAGUACAAGCUUUUAUCGAUGAAUUAGAGGAAUGUGCUGCUAAAAUUGAUCUGAUGAUCAAAAAGAUUGAUGCAAAAAAAGAAAAAUUAAUCUUAUCCGAACACCAACAAUCACUUUUGCUGCAAUUGAACGAAUGUCAAGAUUCUAUUCUGUGUUUACACAUUCUGGUAUUGCUGGUUUUUCAAAUGGUUCAUCAUCAUAUGUUGCAUGCAAGUGGAAAAUUUGUACCACAAAUUCUACAAUUCCUUCAGAAAAGCACAAACGAAGAAAUAUUUCAGGCUAUGAAAGAAUGUCAAGAUGAUGUUCUGCAAUUUAUUGCUGUCAAAGAUGAUCAGGCUAAAUCUGAUACCAAGACCAAAUUGAAUCAAUCAAUUGGUCAUUGUAAACAAUUGUUGAAUGAUUUUAUUGCAAAAAAAUUACCAUUAUCUAAGGUUUAAAAAUAAAUUUUAAAUUUAUUAUUUA